GCCCAACCGUUGGGCCAACCAAGCCGUAACUUCAACUCCUGCCCGCCCGCACGCCACGAGCCUCUUCUCAUUUGGCGAUUUGCCUUGACGAGGGAGUACCUAGUCUAAAUACUGAACUACCAUGUCAACAACCGCACCGACUCAACUGGAGCAGGAGGACAAACCGAUGAGUGAGCAAAAGCCCGACACGAACAAGGCCCAGCAACAGCAGGAGCUGUUCCCCAGUGUGUUUCCAAACAUCCGCAUGCUGGUAUUCCCGUUCCGAUUUCUCGGGUACUGGCUUGGGCGCAAACUGUGGGCGGAAGAACCGCGGGCCCCGCAAGCGCGAACUCUGCUAGACGACAUCGUCUACGGCGAAGGUCCGCGCUUCCGAAUCCCAACUAAAGAGCUUUACUUUACGGACAUGCAGGACAAGAAAGUCAUCAAGUACUCGCUGGAAACGGGCAAGAGGACGCUUGUGUACGACGACCCGGAGGAUAUGCUCUCCGGGUUGGGAUGGCUACCGGAUGGUCGUCUACUGAUCUCAUCGAUGAACAAGCGUCAGGUACUGGUCCACGACGAGAAAACCAAUACUACCGAGCUGUACGCGGAUGUGAAGGACGUGACGCAGGUCCGCGCCAACGAUAUGGUAGUUUCCACGUCUGGUCGAGCGUAUCUCGGCAGUUUUGGCUUCCACCACGCUGACAUCAUGUCGAUCGCGAGCUCCGCCAUCGUCAGUAUCGGCCCGGAUGGCUCCGUCCGUGUAGAGGCGACGGGCUUGGUGUUCCCGAACGGAGUGGUGAUCACUCCCGACGGGAAGACGCUCAUUGUCGGGGAGACGUUCGAAGGGCGACUGACAGCGUACGACAUUGGCGAGGACGGUAAACUAUCGAACGGCCGGCUGUGGGCCGAUGUCGGCUCGCUCGUGGAUGGUAUCUGCUUGGACGCAGAUGGCUGCGUUUGGGCCAGCAUCGUACAGUCUGGAAUGUAUCAGACCGGCGGCGGACUUGUCCGCGUCAAGGAAGGAGGUGAGAUUUUGGACGUCAUCGGCUUCGGCGCCAAUGGCAUCAAGAACUCGGUGUUUGCGUGUCAACUAGGCACGGACUCUGACGGUAAGCACCAGCUCUUCUUCAUGGAGGCGGCCACGUCGUACGACGAUCUGAUCUGGAAAGAUGGACCCGAGGCGGCUCGCAAGAACGGCCUACUGCGCGCGAUCGAGGUCAGCAUCGGUCCGGCGCGUGUUCCGGGCAACGACUCGUACUGCGGUGGAUACUGCUAAGCCUUCAACUGUUCUACCUGUAUGUUUGAAUAUCCCGUCUAAUACAUAAUGGGUACCUUUAUCUGUUUACCA